GGGAGCCCCGCCAGCUCGCGCCGGGCCGGGUUGAACUGAGCCGCCCGGGUCACGCCGGCGCUAGCGAGCGGAGCGCGGCGGGGAGCGCACCAUGGACCCCAAGGCGGGUGGCGGCGAGGAGGAUGACUGUGUGGACUCGGGCGCCGAGACUGGAGGGUCCGACUACAGCCACGUGUCCUCCACCAGCAGUGAGUACUCCACGGAGGAGGCGCAGGACCCUUUCCUGGUCAGCAUCCACAUCAUCGCGGACCCAGGGGAAUCCCGCCCCCUGCAGGAGGCCAUCGACAAGGUCUUGGCAUGGAUCCACCCGGACCUCCCGCUGUUCAGGGUCUCGGAAAGGCGGGCAUGCCGCCGGCGGAGGAGGGCCCCCAAGGCGGCACAGCCAGCGCUGGCGGUGGUGCUCUUCCUGCAGGAGGAAUACGGCGAGGAGCCGAUCCUGCAGCUGCACCGCACGCUGCAGCGGCCGCCCUGGCGCCACCACCACACGGAGCGCGUGCCCAGCAGGUUCCUGCCCUACCUGCCCUGCAGCCAGGACUUCUUCACGCUGGCCCCGGGGACGCCGCUCUGGGCCAUCCGGCCGGUGCACUACGGCAGGGAGAUCGUGCGCUUCACCAUCUACUGUCGCCAUGACAACUACGCCGACAUCCUCAAGUUCUACGAGCUGAUCCUCAGGCGGAGCCCCAGCCAGAAGAAAGCGGACUUCUGCAUCUUCCCCAUUUUCUCCAAUCUGGACGUGGACAUCCAGUUCUCCCUCAAGAGACUGCCCUGUGAUCAGACCCCGGUCCCCACCGACUCCUCCGUGCUGGAGUUUCGGGUCAGGGACAUCGGCGAGCUGGUGCCGCUCUUGCCCAACCCUUGCAGCCCCAUCAGUGAGGGGCGCUGGCAGACGGAGGACCAUGACGGCAACAAGAUCCUUCUGCAGGCACAGAAGGGGCACAGGAAGCGCCCUAAACCCGGCAGGGCUCACCAGGCCUCAGAGCAGAAACCUGGCUCCACAUCUUCCCCGCGCGCCACCGCGCAGAGCCGGACCCCAGGCCGCCCGCAGCCGCCACUGGACGCGUCACACCCGGGGCUCGGCCAGGCAGGUCCAUCUACCAGGCACCCGCAGGAAGUUGCCGGACGAGCCACCUGCCCUCCAUGCCUCCCCUGGUCUUUCCAGCGAAGCAAGUCCUUGUUUUGUCUGCCCACUGGAGACCCCUCCCCAGCCUCCGCGGCGGAAGCGCAGCGGUCUGCAAGCUCCGGCGGCGGGGGGCAGAAGGCGCCGGAGCCGGGGCAUGGCCACCUCCUCUCCAUCGAUGACCUGGAGGGGGCCCAGGAGACGGACGUGGACACCGGGCUGCGGCUCUCCUCCUCCGACCUGUCCGUGGUCUCUGCCUACUCGGCACCCAGCAGGUUCUGCAGCCCCGAGGAAGCGCCGCGCCCCCCGGAACGAGGCAGCGGCCUCUGGUCAGAGCGCAGGGGCUUCAGAGAAGGACCCCUGCCCACUGGGGGCGGCGAGACCGCGGGGGCCCCCUGGGCCACCCUCCCUCUCUUCAAAGGGCCUUCGGGCUCCUCGGCAACAGCCAUCGCUGCUCCCCCUGCUUCGGACACCUCCUCGCUCACAGAGUCACCCCCAGAACUCCCUUCCGAUGCCACCCAGGCCCGGCAGACUGGCAGAGACGUCCCAGCACCCUUGGUGCUGGCCGGAUGCGGGGACAAUGACACGGAGGAAUUCUACAUCUGAGCACCCCCCACUCGUGUCUUUCAGAGCCACAGGCUCAGGUCCCACCUUGCCCUCCUGGGGUCUGGUGCCAUCGUGUUCUCAGCCCAGCUCCCCCAGGCCCGUCUGGAGUCCGAUGAUCUGUCUCAUGGGUCACUAACACCCUUGCAGGCCAGCCUUUCUCACCCGUGAGGUGUAUUUCUAGACGCUCAGUGGCAUUUUAAGAGUCAAUAAAGAUACUGGGAUUUUUAUGCAAAUAAAUUCUCAACGAACUUUUAGGUCAUAAAAUAUAUUUUUUAAAUACUCAAUUCCAUUUGGGAUAUGGUUUAAUGCACUUACAUAAUUUAAAUGCUUCCUAUAAUUAUUUGAAAAGAAAACCUAGUCAGCUGGAGCUGAUUGCACAAUUUUUCAUGACAUGAAGGAAAAACAACUAAAGCCAAAAUGCUCAAUGUGAGAAAGAUAGCAAGCAACUUGGAGGAGAGGUCAGUGCUUGUGAUGUCCACUUAGUGGAUUCUCCGUUUCCGUUUACCCUACCAGGGAGCAGUGGCCCUGAGGAUUUCUAGGAACUGCUGCAGUGAAAAGAGUCACCUUAGUAAAACAGUAGAUAUAUAUCAGACUACAGUAAGACCUCACUUCAGCACUCAUAUCACUACAGUGAUGCCACGCACCAUCCAAAAAUCAGCAUUUACGCAAAAGUGGCUAAUAAGCUUUGUACAGAUUGAGCCCGAAUAACAGACUCUUGGUGCAUUUAAAAUACGAUCUGAGCUCCAAGAACUAGAUUUGAAUGCACUUUUCAAACACAUACACUGUAACAAGUCGGAGUCUACAGAAGACCACUACCUGGAUUUAUUUGGACCACUGAGGAAAAAUCCUUCAUGGGGGUUACGGGAUAGUAGGAUAUUAGACUUAGUGGGUAGGUAUUCGUAAGAUGCUUCCAUGUUUAAAUCCACAAUUUAAGGGCUAUCUAGACAGAUAUAUGUAAAUAGGCCACUUUUUAUACUGCUUUCUCCAGUAAACAUGCAUUGUCAUUUUUUCAUUUUUAAACAAUUUGUAACAAUUUUAACUGGUGUUUUCAUCAGGCACUGAGUAAUAAAUGCCCUCCCCUGUUCUCCAAGUGGGAAGCUUUACACAAGAUGCCGUCCUGAACCAACACUGCUGCCCAUGUGCAGAGGAGCCUGAGUUAAAGCUGGAGCUCUGACCUGACCUUGGUCUUGCCUGUGGUCGCCUGCCUCUGUCGCAGCGUGAAUGGUAUUCAAAUCUCACGUCUCUCCCACUCCAGCAAGGGAAUGUUUACAAUCCCACCCUCAGCAGUGCCAAGUGCUGGCAUCGGGAGCCACACCAAGCUGUCCCUGGUUGCCGUGCACCUUUGGAGAAGAAGAGUGUGGAUUUGCCGAGUUCCCGUCCCACCCUGGUGCUCCUGCCUGGAUGACUCAUGGCCCAGUUUACACCUCCCUGGAAGCGCCCACACCAGCCCAGAUGGGCCUUCAGAAUCCUCCUCAACACAAUCCUCCCAGCAGCCCUCACUAGUCAUCACACUCGAGCCAAAGUCUUUGCCGUCCCUGUAAUGAGAACCUUCUCUCCUACCCCAAACAGCCCGGACACUCCAGGAUUGUUGUUGUUUAGUCACUAAGUUGUGUGACCCCAUGGACUAUAGCCCGCCAGGUUCCUCUGUCCAUGGGAUUCUCCAGGCAAGAAUACUGGAGCGGAUUGCCAUGCCCCCUCCAGGGGAUCUUCCCAAUCCAGGGAUCAAACCUGUGUCUUCUCUCUUCUGCAUUGGCAGGUGGAUUCUUUACCAUUGAGCCACCAGGGAAGCCCUUUCAGGACUACAGAUGACAAUACUGUACUCUGAUUUAAGUACAUAAAAUUAUGAUCUUUUAUAAUUCUACACCAGGAGUGAGCAAACUUUUAUAAAGGGCUAAAUAAUAAAUAUUUUAGUCUUUGCCAGUCAUACAGUCUCUGUCGAAACUACUGAACUGUCAUGAUAGUGUGAAAGCAGCCAAGGAUAUGUAAAUGAAGGGAAGUGGCUGAGUUCCAAGAAAAUUUAUUUUAUAAGAACAGGUGGAGGGUCAGAUUUGGCCUGAGAGUCAUAGUUGGCCAGCCCUUGUGUUCGACUGAGGUUGACUUGAGACUUGAGAUCUCAGCCACAGUCAACGAUGAAGAACGGAGGUCUGCAUCCCUUUGCAGCUGUGAUGCCCAAGACCAAGAAAACACGCUGCUGGGACCACGCUGAUGACUAUAGAACCACAGGGCUCAGAGCAGUGCGAGGCUUCUUUCUGCAGAGAUGAUGCCUAGAAAGUCACUGGCUUUCUACCUGCUGCUACUCACAGCCUGUAGCUGAGGAUGCAAAGCAACAUGCUAACCAUUCAGGUGUUGACGUAGCCCCCAAGGACCAGGAGGCAAGCUCAGGACAGUAAAGUCACCGGGGCAUCCAUGAGUGGACUGUCAGCCAGGCGAUGGCUCCUCCAGUCUUCACCCUUCAGCAGCACCCUUAGCUCAGAACAUUCACACCCACACCCUACGGAUGCUUCGGAGCCAAUUCAGAUGCAGUCUGCCUUCACCCUUUCUCACUGACUCCCCUGCCGCAGCACAGUGCAGUCUCCUGAACUGAGGGACAGCAAAGGAUGUCAGCAAACCUCUUCCAUAAGAGGAAAUGCAAGAUGCCCCCGCAACAUGAGAAGGGAGAGAGGACCAGCACAUCCUCACUCAGAUGCGCCCCUCCCUGCAGACAGCAGUCUCUCUGGCGAGGAGGAGCUCCAGAGGCACUCCUGGGGCUCAGCUCCCUUUGCUGACCCACCUCCAGUGCUGUCCUCAUCCAGGAGGGUUCCUGAUACUCCCUGGGGAAUCCUCUCCCUUUCAGAUUAUUAUUGUGAUAGAUGCUGCUGGCAUACAGU